GGAUGAACCGAGAAUCGGUGACAGGCUCCGCCGCGCGCGGUCUCGGUCUCGGCGAUCUCCGCCCUCCGCCGCUUGCACACGGUCGACAUACAGUACGUCGAUCGUAGAGCAGAGAGAGAUCCGUAGUAUAAUCAAAACGAUUGCAUCGACCUGCGGUAUGACGCAAUGUAUACUGUGUUUUUGACAUUUCCGAUCGGUUUUCAGCAUUUUUUUUUCUCAUCGAUCUAUCGAUUGAUCAUAAUUUGUCGAUGCUCGAGGAAAAUCUAAAUAGCAGUAACGGUAGACUAGCCAUCUUUUUGUCGCGAUUAUGAGUUCUCCAGUUUCAAUUGGCAAUGUCAAUGGAUCCUCGGGCACACCAGGUAUGGAGAUGGUUGUCGCAGUUGCGCUGGGUUCUUUGGCAGCUAUAUUCGUAGGAGCGUUGCUCGUACUACUUGUUAUUUGUCGUAGACAACGUUGUUACUACAGUCAAAAAGAUUCGCAGGAUCUUCACUCGGACCUGUUGGAGGAUGAAAAUGGGUUAGGGCUGGGACUGGACGCUUGGGAAAGCCAAGAGUGGCUCGCUGGUGCCGAAAGAUGGGUCGACGAUGCGACGGGUCUCGCACCACCGUGUAUCGCGGUUUUACGAUCUUGUCACUCGCUCGCGGCAAGUUUGACGGCGAUCGCUGGAACCGUUAACAGUAACACAGUUCCUCUGGAAAUCGUUGAUGUAUGUGCUGGCGGGGCGCGAAUUCAGCACAGUAUACACGCAACGUUGAUAGUAUCGUAUACGUUGCAGGUUGCUAGGAGAAUACCACCCAGGGUCGACGACGUUGUACGCAGUUUGUAUCCACCUCUGGACGCUCGUCUCCUGGAGGCUCGCGUAGCGGCUCUUGUACUCGCGGUAACUCAUUUAGCUCUCGUCACGAAACAUGGCGUUUCCAAGAGCCAAGUGAGAAAAUUGACCUUCAUAGAUCACGCGCUCCAGGAUAUGGAUUCCCACUUGUUGGUACUCCGAAAUGCUGCGCUCGCCCAAGAAGCGGCUUCAUCCGUUCCAGCCUCAACUCCAGUCUGAUAUUCCAACUCGCUUCGGAACGCGAUGACCGUGGUAUUAUUUAUUCUAAUCGCAUCUCUGUGCACAAACACCCAAGUCCGGAUUUUCGGACUCUUUGUUUUUCCAUCCAUCCAUCGAGACACACGAACCUAAUUUUUAUACAUUUUUAUACGCAAGUUACGUGACGAUUAUUAAAGACUCGCGUCAGCGUGCAAUCCUGUCUCGUUGAGAUUGGAAAAAUCAUUGAGUCUCCGUUGAGCGAUGCAAGUUUGUAAACGAUUGGACCCAAUUAUUCAAGCAUACGUUUCUUGAAUGCGUCAUAUUUUUUUAAACAAAUAUUCUCAUGGUAUUCGCUUUGAGAGUAGUCGUUUAAAACUUCAAUACUCUUUAUUGUAUUAUUCUCUUGGCGUAGCUCUUGAUAAAUUGUACAGACACGAGACUCAUAGUUUCUGAGAAAAAAAAACAGCUUUAUUGUGAUAAACGAUAGAUCGAUUGGGAAACUUGAGAAUGUUUCAAUCGCUUCAUCCGACUCUGCGUCUUCCAAAAUUACACUGACCUGUUUUUAAUGUCAAUUAUGCUCGCUAAUUCGCCAUUGUAAUAUUGCAUGUAUGCGUGCCUCUGUGUGUGUGUGUGUGUGUGUGUGUGUGUGUGUGUGUGUGUGUGUGUACGUGUACGAGUGUAUGGAUACAUUUUAUAUAAAUUAGAAUUGUAAAAAAUAUUGUUAUCGGAUAUUAUUGAAGUUGGAAAAAAAGUAAAAACUAUGAAAUUUGUAGAGGAAAAAAUAUUUUUAAUAAACCCGAGCGUAUUCACCGAUUAAAA